AAGCAGGAAAAGUCAACAUGCAAACCAUGACACGUUAUCAUUUACAUCAUAAAAUAAAACCAAACACAUUCAAUAAGGCGUGUAAAAUUAUUUUCAGUUCCGGAAUGAAUUUCAAAAUGUCAAUAAUAUUCACGUAUAGAACACGAUAAUUAUGUACUCUUAAUAAGUGUUAAACUUUAAAAUGGCAACAGUUCUGCCUGAUUAUAUGAGAACUGAAAUUAUUAUACCCGUCUCCAAAGAUACUUUUUUCAACACGAAAUGGAAAACAGUCGUAGCUCCGCUGUGCGCUUACGAUAUGCUCUACCACCCACCAGAUUAUAAUCCAAACUCGGCAAGAUCUGAUCGACAAGAACCGAAGAUCAUCAGAAGGAAUAUUUGGAAUCAAGAGUAUGAGAAAGGGAUAGCAUCGACAACACACUUCGGCCUCGGACGACCCAAAUGGAGACCAGCUGAUAUACCCACUAAGCAAUAUGUUCGAGUACAAGUUAAAAAUGAGAAUCCGCACAUGCGAAUCCACAACGUGUUGGAGUGGACCGUACUGCUGAGCGACGGUAAGCCGAGCGUUUGCGACCAGUGAACAAAAGAGAAAAGAGAAGAAUCUAUAAUAAAAAUUUGCACCCUUAAAAA